AUGAAAAUGAUUUGCCAACGCUGCCGGUCGAGCAUCCUGACCCGGCUCCAACCCCAGACUUUCACAACUCCGUUGAGUGUCAGCCAACGAGUCCAAUUCCGCAACUACAGCGACGGAAAGCCUACGGUAGCAGCUGCUCCUCCUCCUCCCGAAUCCCGCCAACCCAUCGGCGACGACAUUACCAUUCCCUCCGCUAUCUCCUCCGCUACCCCUGGAGUGUCGCAACCCUUGAGCACCCCGGGAGGUGUUCAUGUCGAUGUGAACCCUACAAAAGCUACCAAACCCGUUGAACGCGCCCCGAGCUCAUGCGUUGCCGGAACACCCCUGGCUGGUCUCAAUUACUUCAAGAACAAACCUGAUGUCGUGGCUCUGGAGGACUCCGAGUACCCCGAGUGGCUGUGGUCGCUGCUGGAUUCUUCGGGCAAGGAGGCUAAGAAGGGCGGCGUGGAUCCGAGCACCCUCAACAAGAAGCAGCGCAAGCGUUACGAAAAGAAGAUGGCCGCUCGUGCCGCGACAUUACCUGUCCAGAUCCCCAUUCACCAACAGGCUACGGAUAUCACGCCCGCACAGUACAACCGUGAUGGAGAGGCCCCAGUAGACCCGCUGCAAGAGGCCGCGGAGAGUUUGGAGAAGCGACACGAGAUCACAAAGAGUGCUAGGGAAGCCCGGAGGAAGGCAAUCAGAGAGGCCAACUUCUUGAGCGGCCUCUAG